ACCUAUUUACAAUACUAACCUCAAUUUUCAAAAAAAUGGAACAGUUUUGACAGUUUCAGCUGUUGCAUAUUAUAUCGUUUUAAAUUUUGAGCUGUUUUUAAUUUGUUGUGAUGCGGGCGAAUUCGAAAUAUAGACUUUCCAUUAAAAAAUUAGCUGAUACAUCCACAUCCAUGACUAAUAAGAAAACUAUUUUAUUAUAACCCAACUUUCUAACACCAACAGUUUUCAUUUAAGAUAUCAAUUAUGGCAGAUGUAUUAAUUUUGGAUUGGCUAGAGGAAUACGAGUCACUUACGGAGAGUGAAAUUCACACGUAUUCGACGGAACAAGAACAGAACUACGAAGUGAUGAAGGCAUUGUACGCCUUCUUGGAAGAUCCCAAUAAAUCUAAGGUGGAAAAUUUCCUAGAUAGAGUGUGCCAACAACUCUUUAGUUUUUAUAGAUCCGGGGAACAAAAUUUAAAGUAUUUUACUAUGCAAUACAUUCCUUCAUUAGUAUUACUAAAUUUGGCGAAUACAAAAGGAUUUCCGAGCGUGGGGACCCUACUAUUAAGUAUUUACAAUCUUGAGGUUGUCGAUAAUAAGGGCCAGUCUCAUAUUAUCUCCUUCCGUGUGCCAAGCAUAGCUCAAUCGUCUAUUUAUCACGAUUCAUCAAAUUUGGAACCCGCAUUUAUCGCCGAAAACGCUCUUAGACGUUGGGAGGAAUGUAAUAGUAAAUUGGUGAACUGGGGCCCAUUACCUCAAGUAGAAAACUUAAAUGCACAAAAUCGACAACGGGUCGUUACGGCUCUUAUGUUUUUGUAUAAUCAGCAUAUUGGAAAAAUAUUUGUAGAUUGUCUUGAGUACGGAUGCAGGACCAUUUCUAGAUUAGUUAGCCAAGGGUUUGCAAGUAGUGGAAGUUCCAGAGCAUCGGUGGAUAGUGACAGUUCAUAUAAUUCAAUCUCACAUCGUUUGAUAGUAUCUAGUCCGUUGCUCUUAGAAUUCCUCCACGUAAUUUACCACUGUGUGGUGCGCGGUGUCAACGAGUCUACCCAUACGUUUCAUGAAGUAACGCGUCGAGGUAUAUACGAAUGUUAUCCAGAUGUGCUACUAGUUUCUCACGCGAUUCAAAAUCUGUUCCAUCGAUCGCCUAGUGUUCCUGUAGCGGCGCCGCAACCUCACGUGGUCUCCAAGUCGAUGAUAACGAAUGCAUCGUUUAGGACGAAAAAACUUCCAGAUGAUAUUCCGAUUCAGGCUGAUGAGAGCGCGGAAGGCGUGCUCAGCUCAAUUACGGAGGAGCAAGAAGAUAACGAGAAGACGCGAACAAGAUCAGGUAGCAGUGCGCUUAAACAUUUGCCUAAGCUGCCGGGGUUGAAUAAAAAACCUAAGGUAAUUAAAAAUAGUCCCACUCCACAGAGAAAUAGCUUGGGAUCGGAGAGUAUAGAAAUGCAUUACGGAAGUGGUGAUCGUGUGUCGGUCGCCUUCACCGACGGAACGUCGGACGAUGUGCCGCAACCGCUACAUGUCAGUGCUGUUUAAAGGUUUGCAUAGUUUAAAUUUAUCAAUAGUAUUUAAAAGCAAUUUCCAAAUAGUUAAUGUUUUAGGUUAGGGUUCGUUGUUAUAAGUAGUGUAUUACAAAAUGGAAGCCUAGUCGAUAAAUUUAUUUUAUGUAAAAAAGAUUUUAAAUUUUAUGUACAGGGUGUGCCUACUUAAUUGCAUUUAACACUUGAAUAUCAUUUCGUCUUUCAAUUUUGUGUGUAUUCGAUGUUUUUAUCUAAUUGCAAAGCAUUUGCGAACACCAUGGGGGGUACAAAGAAAGAGUGCCAGACAAUCUUUAUAAAUUUUGCCUCAGCCCCAAAGGAGUUAGGUCAGGACACCGAUAUUUUUCGUAUUGCCACAGGAGUAUCCUCCAUUUCUAGGGGGCGAUCUCCUUCUUUGACCUAUCAUGGCAGCUAAGCAACAACAUUGUUAGGCCGUCUGUGUUAACAACGUAUAUCUGCGGCAAGCUUAGAAAAAUGUAGCAAUAAUUUGUCAAUUUUACACGUCGUAAUUUGUUGCUGAUUAGCAUGAGAACAAAGAGAAAGGUUUGUGAAUUUUGGUGUUAAGUGUCUAUUUAAUGCAAUAACUGCAAUUAAUAAAACGUUUGGGCAUGGACCACGGGCAGAAACUAAAUUACUACGAAUUACACAGUCCGCAUUGGAUGCAGUUGCAAUUGUACUUUCUAACAUUGACAUUGUGUAGUGUAAGUCAAGGUAACACGAAGGUUUGUUUUAAUAUCAAAUUAAUUUUGUUUGUCUGUAGUUAGUAAUGGAAGAUACUAAAUUGGACAUAUGACGUAAUCUUCUCUCUACGUUCAGUUCCCAAACACACAGCCUCAGUACAUCAUUUUCUUGAAAAUUGACAAGCAAAUAGUCAGGGUGUCCUGAAGAUGACCUGAAAAUGAUUACAGUUAGUCCACUUUCAAUACAUGGUCAACCGCUUCUUUUUUAUGAAGUGGGUAUUGUGAUCUUCUUGUUUUAUAUUAAGCUCUAUAAGACCUUGGUAGGUCACCUGUUUAUGAUGCUACUAGAUUUUUCUGUUUGAAUUGAGUUCAUGUGAUUUUGAACAUUCUGUGGCGGCAAAAAUACUUAAACAAGACACAAAAAACUGCUUAUAUGGCCAUACAGUAGCGCUUGCAUACGUGCCCGUUCAAUAGCGCAUGCGUUACCUGUUGCGAUUUGAAAAGUGUUGACGUUCAUAUUAUCAUUCUUGACAAUAAAAUGAUGCGAACUACUUUAUUUAAAACAGUAAUUGCCAACAAUGGAGGAUAAUACAACAGAAAAAGAGGUACAAGCAUACAUAUAUGCAUGUUAUAAUUCAGAGAAUAAUGUUUUUGUUUGAAAUGUUUGCGGAAGGAUGAGAAUUCUUCUCGGUGCUGGUAUCGAAUUUACAGUUUAAGAAAUAAUAAUAAAUAAUAAAUGACAAAGAUUUUAUAGAAUAAAUCAUAAAUAAUUUAUCUAAUUCCUUAAGUUUUUCCCUGGGUAACAUGUAGAAGAAUGGAAAUAACAAAUUUAAUCAGGAAGAUUCACUCAGCCCGUUCGUUAGAAGUGUUUAACUUCACAACCAUAAUCGACCAUUGCGAAUCGAUAUCUCUUAAAAGUGAGUACCCUUUUGUACAAUCGAAUCCUUGAAUUCUUAAGAAAUUUGUUGAGUGCCAGCUGAAAAAGUUUCCAGGGUUGCGGCGAUUAGUCAAAAUUAAUGUAGAUUUUAAUUUUAGGUUCACUUAUAUUAUCAUCCUGUGUGCCUAUAUCCCGUAGUUUUUGGUUAUUGGCAUUUUUUGAAUCAAAUAUUCUUAUUCUUUCAUUAGGUGUGGUAGGCUUUGGAAGCAAACUAUUUGAAAUGCCAUUCGAAUUAACAGUGUUAUCUUAGGUUCAAAUUAGUUUGUCCAGUUUAUUCACAUUGUAUUGUUUUUAAUUUGUUGGUUAUUUAUGGUGAGAAUAAUAAAAUGCCAAUAACUGAAAAUCUACCACAGUGGCCCUAAAAUUCAAAUUUCUAUUCAUUUGGAACAUCAGAAAGUUUUUGACAUUUUGCAGUCCUUUUUCAAGACUUUCAGCGGUCACUCAAAAAAUUCCUUGGAGUGAAAUGAUUCGAUUAUAUGAAAAUGAGCACUCGCUUAUUAUGAACCGUUUAAGAGAUAUGAAUUUUUGAAUGGAGCUUCCAAAUGUUUAGAGGAAAAUUGACAUAUGUCAAAAACUAGGAUAGAUAGAUAGGUACGCAAAUCUUAAUUGCGUUGAAUUCAGAAUAAAAUGGCGCAUUUACAAAAAAAAUAGAAAAUGGUAUGUUUCUAUCUAACCCAGAUGGCGCCAACUUCCGGUAUUUACAGCAGCGACGUUCUCUUGUAAUUAUUAUCUUUCAAUUCGCUAUGAUCGAUUAUGGCUGUGAACUAAAUUUCAUAUUUCUAUUUCACUGCAAGUUUUAAAACUUUUAACGAAUUGGUUACGUGAAUUUCACUGUAUAGGUUUCUCACCAUGUUCAAUUCCAGGUGUUUCACCCUCCGGUACCCGCUUGAAAAUCAGUGAUCGAUUACCUGUUUCAGUCUCACAGACCGAUAUCAAUCUUAUGGGCACACUUUUGAUUCAUUUGCAAAAAAAGUUGUGAAAUAAAGUAAUAGUGUACCAAAACCAAGUGCACUUACCGGGUACCGGAGGGUUAACGUUAAUCUCAUUUUUCAAUUUCUUCAGAACCGUAAGAUUCUCCUCCCAAAACCUCAAUUGUAUAAUGUUACAGUGCCAAUUGUAAAUGUGCAUUCUUUUGCAUAGAGUGGAAUAAAUGUUUACACAGGUUCUCCAGCACCUGCCGUAGCUAUAGUGUGGUGGCCCAUUUUUGACACCUGUAUAGAGGUUAUUUUACUUCUAUAAAAAAAAAAUAAUAUGGCGUCACGUGCGUAAAACCUGAAAUAGUAAAAUCAAAAUUUAAAAAAUUUUGUAGGAUAUAGGGGAUAUUAAAAAAAUGGUCAAUUUCAGAACCAAAAGGUAUACAGAAAAAUGUUGUAUACAAAAGUUUCUUCAUGACGAUUGUGGAAUGAAUAACCUACCGUUUUUAUAAAUGUAACCCGGUAUAUUUUAAUCUAAAAAGAGCAUAUUAAAUUCUUUUUUAAAAAUAUAACGCCCAAAAAAUUCAUAAAAGAUUGAAAACUAUUUUUUGGGUCACUUGAACUUUUUUUUAAUUUUUUAAAAAUAUUUAUUCUAUCUUUUUUUAAUCUUUUUGAAUAUCAUAUAUUGUGCGCAUAUAUUUUUGGGAAGUGAAUUAAUAUGUCAUCUGUUUCAUUUCAAAAAUAAGGUUAGGUCCGACAACUUUGUGUAGACUUUUCUGAAAUUUGACCCAAAGUUGGUAUUUUUUAAAUGCAACAUCCUGUGUGUUUUUACGUCAAUUUUUUUGCAUUUUUUUUAUUACAUUGAUGUAUCACAACCUAUAUUUUUUUUAAAUUUUAGUCAUGAACCAAAAAUAAAAACCUGAUUUUUUACAGUUUUUAAACAGUAGACCAUGAAUUCAUCAAGAUUUUGUUUUGUUUAUUGGAUACGUGGUAACUAAGGCAUCCGAUAGCAAUGAAUGAAAAUGGUUAACUGCCAUUUCAAAAAUUUUAAAGAUAUGAUAUAAUACAUAAUAAUAUCUAAUUAGGUAUAUAAAGAAUAUAGGUUAUGAUACUUUAUUAUAACGGGCGAUCAAAAAUGAGUUGCUGUCGAGUCACACUUGGAAGUUCAAGUUAAGUACGAUUUCCUAUGUAACCAAAACUUCCAAAGAUGACUCGACAGCAACGCAUUUUUGAUCGCAUAGUACAUCAAUGUAAUCAGAAAAAAGAGUGCAAAAAAUUGAAGUUGAUAUACAGGGUAUUGCAGUUAAAAAAUACUAGCUUUGGGCAUUGAUUAAAUAUUAAACAAUGCUUCUAUGGAUUCUAUGUCAAAAUAUCUAAAACAAACAGACGGAGCUCCAGAUUCUGUUUGUGGUCACAAAAAAGUGGCUGAGGGUCGCACUGGAUAUAUACUCCGUUUUUCAAUUUUUUGAAACUUAAUAGUCAGUUCCAUUUGGUGUAGUGGGGUUAGGUACAAGAACGCAUGCAAAUACAGUAACUCUUCCAUUAAACUUAGAAAAAAAUGUGUACAUGAAAAUAAUUGGGGAGCUUGCAAUGUCUUUAAAAUUCGCCUGUGGUCACAUGCAUCAUUUCUAUUGUAUUUAAUACUUCAACCAGGUGCUUAUUUGAAUCACUAGGGCUAACACACUUACCAAAUGCCCAAUACACAACUUAUAGUAUCAUCAAGUAACCUCAUUAUUAUCGUCUUUUAUUAUUGUUAUGACUUAUGUAGGUUUCAAGAAGAGUAUAAUAUAGGAUCUCUCCGCAACUAAACUUAAAACGGGUACUAUGUUGCUUAUUACAGUGUUAUGUCUUUGCCUUUUUGUAUGUUAUGCAAUAGAAGGUUAUCAAAUUAAAUUUCAUUUAAACUUGUGCCAUGUAAGAUUUCUUCUAAUUCCUACAUACGUUAUCGUUUUUCAUUCCUAGAAACAUUAAGACAGUUGAAUUCUAGUCAUACUUGCCAAUAAAAUUGGCCUUGGUGUGUGUAAAUAUUAUCUGGGAACUAGAAAAAAUUAUAUUAACAAUAUACUUACACUUAUGAUAAGUUGUCCGAUUAACAUAUGGUACUCCAUAGGAAUUGUGUAUUUGGAAAUAUAAUUUCACGCUUAGAAGUACUGUAAAGUAUAAGAUGUUAAUUAUUUUUAUGUAUGUACUUAUGUAAAUAUCACAAAUACCUAUCA